GUUGAGCUGGAGCCUGAAUUUUAUAGCAUGGAAAUUGGAAAAUAUUGCUCUGGCUGUUGAUGCAACAACUGCCAGCGUGCUCGGCCACUUACGAUGUUCCACCUCCUCCCCUUGGACUGAAAUGGUCAACGAUGUCGCUCUUCGCCGCGUUGCUGCUGCUGCUCCUCCUGCUGAACAUUGUGGCAACCGCUAGCUAGCUAAUCCAAUCCAAUAAUGCGGGGGCUACUCGGGCGCGUCAACCCUGCCACCGCGGUGUCCCUGCCGGCGCUGCUGCGGCUCCUCGCCGUCGUCUUCUUUUUCGUCCUCGCCGAUCGCCGCGCUUCCUUCCUCGGCGCCGCCUACCCGUCGUCCAGCUCCGCCUCCGCCGGGAACUCCACUGCCGGCCGGGUGCCCACGGGAUGCGACAUCUUCCGGGGCGAGUGGGUCCCCGACGACGACGCCGCGGCGCGGACGCCGUACUACACCAACCGGAGCUGCCCGCUGAUCCAGGAGCACCAGAACUGCCUCAAGUACGGCCGCCCGGACCUCGGGUUCCUACGCUGGCGGUGGCGGCCGGCCGCCUGCGAGCUGCCGCGGUUCGACGCGGCGGCGUUCCUGGACGUCGUCAGGGGCAGGUCGCUGGCCUUUGUCGGGGACUCGCUCGCCAGGAACCACAUGCAGUUGCUCUUGUGUCUCCUCUCCAAGGUUGCGUACCCCAAGGACAUAUCCAAGACGACCCAUCCCGAAUUCAGGACGCUGCGCUACGAGUCCUACAACUUCACCGUCUCCAUUUUCUGGUCGCCGUUCCUCGUAAAGGCGAACAAGUCCGGCGAGUUGUGGCACCUCUACCUGGAUGAGCCGGACGACGCCUGGCUGCCCGGCAUCGCGGGCUCCGACUACGUCAUCCUCUCGGCGGCGAACUGGUUCACCCUGCCCUCCGUGUUCCACCGCGGGGCCGGCGGCCGCGUCGUCGGCUGCCACUACUGCCUCCUCCCCGGCGUGCCGGACCUCACGCUGCGGUACCCGCAGCGCAUGGCGCUCCGCGUCGCCGACGUCGCACUACGAGGGCGGCGAGUGGGACAAGGGCGGCGAGUGCCGGCGGUCGUGCGGACGCUGUCGCCGACGUCGCACUACGAGGGCGGCGAGUGGGACAAGGGCGGCGACUGCCGGCGGACGCGGCCGUACGCUGCCGACGAGGCGCGCAUGGCGGGGCUGGACCUCGACUUCCACGCAGCGCAGGUGGAGGAGUUCGCCAGGGCCAAGGCGGAGGCGGAAAGCCGCCGGCGCGAGGGCGAGGCUGGUGCUCAUCAGCUCAUGGACACCACGGCGGCGAUGCUGCUCCGGCCGGACGGGCACCCGAGCCGGUACGGCCACUGGGCGAGCGAGAACGUGACGCUGUACAACGACUGCGUGCACUGGUGCCUGCCCGGCCCCAUCGACGUCUGGAACGAGAUGCUCUUCCAGAUGUUGCUGCCGGAUUGA